GAUGUCCUCGCGAAACACACCAGUGGCGUCCAAAACCUCCAAAUAAAAAUAAAGCCAAAAAGGAAGCAGGAGGAGCUCCUUUAAUUCUCUCCCUCCCCACCCCGUUUCCCUUUUCCAAAAGAACUCGAGGGAGAGAGUAAGAGAUUCUCAAAGAUAAGAGAAAGAAAAGAGAUCUCUGCGUCAAAAUCCCUGAAGCUCAGGUUUGCCUUGGCCCUUCCUUGUGCUCUCUCUCUUUUUUCCCUUCUUUUCUUGUCUAUUCCUUGUGUUCUAGGGCGAGGAGGAGCAGGGAAGCAGAGCAGCGGUGGGUCUCCCUCUCUCUCUGAGGAUGGAAGGCUUCUCGCCGGCUUCUCCCCCGCGAAUCUUCUGGAAUUCCCGCAAGAGAUCAGCCGGUGGCCGGAGCUUGGAAAAUGCACUCAAGGAAGAGAACCUCAAACCACCCACCAAUCAACCCGAGGAACCGGCAAAGAUGGAAGCUGCGUCGCCACCCACAUCAGAUGAUCGCCCAAAGGAGGCGACGAACGCCAUGUUAUCCGGACGCCGCAGAGCUCUCUUCGAGCCACUGGAGCCCGCCAAGGGUUGGUUCGGCGGCCGCCGAACCCCGGCGGAAGUCCUGCUUCCCCCACCGGACUUCGACUCCACAUCGUACCCCAAGGGAUGGUUGGUUGGCAAGAAACGGAAGCUCGUGAAUGUUGAUGUCGUCGAGAGCAUGCGAAGGAUCGCCGUUCAAGAGAUGAACAGAAAGGACAGGGAGAUCGAUGGGCUCAACGAGCAGUUGGAAGAGGAUGCACGAUGCGUCGAGCACCUCCAAGUUCAGCUCCUGCAGGAACGGAGCAAACGGAUGGAGGUGGAGAGGGAAAAUGCCAUGCUUCAGGAGCAAGUUUCCAUGUUAAUGAACAUGCUCGAAGAGGAGACCCAAGCUGUGGAAGAGGAAGUGGCUGCUCCCGCCAAUCCUUGAUGCCCCCAUACCCUUCGUCCCGAAAUACAAGGAAUCGAGCAAGUCUGGCAGCGAAGCAAUGCGAGGAAUUAAGUUGCAUCAGAAAUUCAUCAAGGGAAUCGUGUCUCGAGAUGGUGGCAGGUCCAUCUUCCAUUACCAUGCUGCCCCCAGGUUCACCAAAGUCCAUGAAAAGAUGCUGGGAUGUAGUCUCCAGUUGAGUGUUACCGGAUGUUGAUGGAAUGCCUGAAGUCAUCUUCUCAAAAAUGCAACUUUCUCUGUCGUUUGCCGAAUCGCUCAUGAACAUGGAAUCUUCUUCAAGGCCAGGCACUUCCAACUGAUCCCGCCAAUUAGGUUCCUUCAACUCCUCAGCGGCACCGGCACUGAUGGUAUGUUCUUGCCAUGCUUGAGAUCCCAUUCCUGAAGCAACAACUGAUGUUUUGAAAAAUAAAUAAGAAAUAGGAAACAGCAUAACAUCACAGGCAGAAACUUUACAUAUUAAGCAACCUGAUGAAAAAUACUGCAAGCAAGCCUAGUACACAAGAAAGAACUGCCAGAACAAUAUGGAGCUCCCUAUGAUCUAGAUUACAGAAUAUGUAUGUAACGCGGUACACUGCAAGCAAACCUGACAUGCAGUAGUCCGAAUGAUAGUAUAUUUAGAUAACUGUCUGUUAUUGACGAAAUAUAGAUCGCAUGAUAACUUGGGUAUCAAAAUCCAA